UCACAUCGCCAAACGAUAAUCAACCAUAAUGCAGCUGUUCUGUGGAGUUUUGGUGCUCGGACUUCUGGGCUUGAGUCUGGCGGCGCCGCAUGGACAUGGACAUGCGACCAGCUACAGCGUGCUGACUAAGCACGAGGAGCCAGCGCACAAGAGCUACGGACAUGGACACAUUGAUCACGGCUAUGGCGGCUAUGGAUAUGAUGGCUUGGGCUUAGGCUACGCCAGCUAUGACCAUGGCUACGAUAAACACGAGCCAUAUCAUUAUCCCAAGUACCACUUUGACUAUGGUGUCAAGGAUGCGCACACGGGCGAUCAGAAGAGCCAGUGGGAGUCACGCGAUGGCGAUAAGGUGCACGGUAGCUAUUCCUUGAAGGAAGCAGAUGGCACGACGCGUGUUGUGGAGUACACCGCCGAUGAUCACAAUGGCUUCAAUGCGGUGGUCAAGAAACUGGGACAUGCCCAUCACCCACAGGUUUACAAGAGCUACGGACAUGGUGAUGUUUAUGGUGCCGGCUACGGACACGAUGUCGCCCACUAUGGUGGCUACGAUCAUGGAUACGGACAUGGACAUGGACAUGCCAGCAGCUAUGUGAGUGUAAAGCAGCUCCAUUAAGAACCUGAUGCCAACAGCUAAUGCCGACAGGAAGAAUUAAUGAGUGGAAUAUAUGAACACAGACCGAUCUGAACGUAAUUAUAACAUAAUACCGAUGCAUACCUAACAGAAGACCAAAUAAGCUCU